CAACCCAACCCAAGCAAAUCUGCAACUAUACAUACUGCUGCUGCUGCUGCUGCUGCUUCCUCGCAGUUUCCACGCAAGCGUCAUCAUCGGCUCGCCACGCCGUCGCCGUCGACCCGUCGUCGCCGUCGCGUCCGCAGAUUUCUUCCCACCACCUCCCGCCACCGCCGCUUUAUAUAAAGCUCUCGAGAAAUUUCUCCGAGGUCAGUAGGUCACCGUGCCCACACCACCAACACCAUCGAGCAGGCGAGGAGGAGGAGGGAUAUGCUUCCGGGGGUGGAGCUGGCGAGGCGGCGGCGCGUGCACUACCACGGGGACGCGGCCGCGGCGGGGGCGGGGGUAGGGGAGCACCACGGCUACCUGUACCACCAGAACCAAGGGGCGGGGGCAACGGCCGCGGCGGCGGCGGCGGCGGAGGCGGGAGCUGCAGGUGGCGCGGUGAGCCCCGCGGUGGCGGCGCGCAUGAGGCUCGAGGAGAAGCUGCGCGGCGCCGCCGCGCCCUCUUCUUCCCUGUCGAGGUGGGGUAGGCGAUUUCGUGAACGAGACAGGAGCGCGACCUCCAGACAACAGAACAACCAGCAAGAGCAGCAGAUACAGCUGCCUACUGAGCCAAGGUAUCUUCCCAGUCCAUCGAUGUCUAUCCUGGAGGCACCCUCAACAAGAACAACCCACCGCCGUGAGACAAGGAGGACAUUGUCCAAGGCUGAUCUCUGUGCCGUGUGCCUUGAUGAAGUGCGUGAGCGCCACCAGCGGGUCACCAGGCUACCCUGCUCCCACAAGUACCACUCGGAGUGCGUCCUCCCCUGGCUAGCCAUCCAGCCAGACUGCCCCUGCUGCAGGACACUGGUGCCUUCAGUGGACUCCCUCUUUGUAGCUUGAUCAGCUUGCUGGAAGAGGUGGCAUCAUCUUAUUCUGCAAAAUUUCAGAAACAAGGAACAAAAGGGAAGUGUUUUCAUUGUCUAAAGCUAACACUCUGACAAAGACACAAUGACAGAGUUUUGUUGCUCAGUUUUCUCCUCUUUUAGGUUGUGUGGUAUUGUGGUUUUUUGUUUUAUCCCGGUUUGUCUAUAUGAGCUGCGGGAGCUGAAAUGUGUUGGAAAGUACGUUUGUAGGUAUUCCUGAUAAAUUACAAUUGCAAAUGACAUGGUUUUGAAAGAAAAAGGGGUAUUGUUUUUAACAAAUUGAAGUGAAGGAUGCGUCCGGACAACUGACACAGCUGAAUGUUUUUUUUUUUUUUUUGGUGUACUGAAAACUACGCCGGACGUUGCUGAAAUCAUGCCUGGGCUUGGUCAUCUGGUUAUUGAUUUGGUUUGUAGUCACAUUUGUGGCAACUGACAAGAUCACAAAGAUUGCUUGUUCACCAUCCAAGUCUUUAAUUUUGUGUACCAACAAGGCAACAACACAAAGGUUUAGACUUUAGACAAGUUAGAAUUAUGCCAGUCUCACAUUUGUUCACCAUGUAAGUCUUUAGUUUUAGCCAAAAUUUAGACAAGUUAUUAUAAUCAUGAAAAUUACAGGCUUUAAGAAGUUGUGUACCAACCAACAAAGCAUGAUGUGAUGCCUCCUCCCAAAUGUGCCCC